AUGAUCCGUUCUCCAACACAAGCAGUUAUGACAGCUACGCCAUUGAACAUUGAUGAGGGUACCUUCUCGAUAUCUAACCGCCCAAUUGCUGGAAUGGUGCAGAGCUACAACCAUAUGCAGCCUGAAGUAGAGUAUGUUUUGUCUUCAGUCAUGGAAGAGAAAGCUUGUAGACACCUUUCGUAUAAACUUCAUAAGGAAAAAUCCUUGCCGGAAAAGUUAGCCGGGCGUAAUCGGUUUUCUCGUCGUCGAACAAGAAAGAUAAGAGUCAUUAGCUUUUCCAAGUGUCCAGCUAUUCCAAGAAACGUCGAACUUUUGAAGGAGAAAAAGGUGCGUGUUGUUGCAUAG